AUGGGCUGGGUUGCGGUAGUGGGAACACUCGUUUUGACAGUCGCCAUCUUCCUCUCGUUUUCUAACAUGUGGGCGUUUAAUCUUUUCUCGCGUCGCCCCGCCGAGGCUGUCACCACACCCGACACCACCGCGCAGGAUGCGCAGUCGGAAAAAGAGCAGGAUAGGAUAGAGGAGGGAGAGACACAGUCUGAAGAGGCAGACUCGCCACAGACGACGCCGAAAGCAUCUGCAUCAACGCCGGACGUGCAGGUUCCCGCGCUGAAUUUGGAGGAACCACAGCCUGCUCAGCCUUCUCAGCCAAAAACAUCAGCAUCAUCAUCCUCGCUCAUGCCACCUCCACCGCGGAUUUCCACACAACAACAGCAACGACGACAACCCCCCAAAUUGUCUCCGCCAGGCGGCCAGUUCCUUGUCCCUCCCAAAGUCAAAUCGCUCGCGCCUUUACGUCCCCCGCCCUCGGCCGCGGCGUCGUUACGAGCACCUCCAACGGCAUCAGCAGGCAGCGGACUGACAGCAAGUACGCUAGCGCCAUCUCAGCAACGACCAUCGCGGAAAGUUGUUCUCGAGCCGGGCCACUCGCCGCUCGACUGGGCCGCUCUCGCGUCCAAUCCCCAAAAUAACCUGCGCGGCGCGGGGCUCCCUGCAGGUUUGGUUCGCGUUACGCCGUCAAUGCUAAAAGCGCACCAUGGGCGAAAAGGGGUUGAUGCAUGGACGUCAUACAAUGGAAAGGUCUACAAUAUCACGCCGUAUUCGCCGUUUCAUCCUGGUGGGAAGGGCGAGCUGAUGCGUGGAGCGGGCAAGGACUCGGAGAAGCUUUUUUUUGAGAUUCAUCCGUGGGUCAACUGGGAAGGGAUUCUCGGGGAGUGUCUGGUGGGCAUUUUGGUGUCGGAGAAUGAGGCGAUGGCAACGGCGAACGAGUUGGACGCGAUGGAUUAG